GUAAUAAAGCAGGAGGAGGGAGAUGGAUGGAUGGGGAGGGUGGAGAGCCACGUGGUGCCAUAAAGCCCAGCUAGAGAGGGCCCGUCCGGGGAGUGUCCAGCCCGCAGGAGUCGAGGCUCAGGAGGUGGCCUGGCAGCCCAGUGGGCUGGAGCCGGGGGCAGCGAGGCCCGGGGAAGGCCAUGCACCGAGGCGUGCCGGGACCAGGCCUCAGGGGCCUCCAGGGGGCUGAGGGCUCCUCCGAGGACUCGGGGGGCUCUUGCCUGGAGGCCGGGAGGCAUUUGGGGGUGCUGAGGGAGAAGGGCGAGGCCGAGGAGGCGGCGGGCGGCCGGAAGCGCGCUCGGCCGGUGCGCUCCAAGGCGCGGCGCAUGGCGGCCAACGUGCGGGAGCGCAAGCGCAUCCUGGACUACAACGAGGCGUUCAACGCGCUGCGCCGGGCGCUGCGGCACGACCUGGGCGGCAAGAGGCUCUCCAAGAUCGCCACGCUGCGCAGGGCCAUCCACCGCAUCGCGGCGCUCUCCCUGGUGCUGCGCGCCAGCCCCGCGCCCCGCUGGCCCUGCGGGCACCUGGAGUGCCACGGGCAGGCCGCGCGCGCCGCCGCGGGGGGCAGCGGGGAUGCGGGCUCCAGCCCCCCGCCGCCCGCGCCGCCGCCCGUCGGCCCCUUCGCGCCGCGCUGCGCCUCGUGCUCCCCGCGCUCGCCCCCCGGACGGCCCCGGGCGGCGGCCGAGGCUCAGGGCGCGGCCCAGGCGUCCACGGGAAGCUGGCGCCGGGUCCCAGCGGCUCCCUCGGCCUGGCCGCGGGCCCACCUGCGAGCGGGCCCCGGGCUGGGCUCCCAGCACUCCUGACUGGCUCCCGGGAGCUACCCGUGGGCCUGGAGGGAGGAGCCAGUGGCAGGACGGCUGCAAAAGGGUAGACUGCCCCAAACCGCCGGGACCCAGAACAACUGAGUGGCUGAGGCCUGCGAGAGAGAGGAGGCAGCCUGGCCAAUGGGAAGGAACUCGAGCCCGGGGCCGCACUGCCCGGCACCCCUCUCGCCGCCCGGAUCCCAAGCAGGGGUGGCGGCUCUAAGAAAGGUGCAGGAUCCUCCCGUUUGGACUUGAACUCUUCUCUCAAAGUGAUCUUUGCAGUCCUGUGCCUCUGAGUCCUGUGUUCUCUUGCUGCUUUAUAGGAGAAAGGGGGCUUUUGGACAGGGGGACUUGAAUGUGGGAGGGCGGGUGACCCCUGGUGUGGUCGGAUGACACUGUGGUGUCCACAUCCCCUGCCUGUGCUGAUACCCCAAGUCUAUGAUCUGAGAGAGCCAACAGAAGGAGCCAAAUAAAAAGGAAAAAGUUGCCA